AUGACCUCAGUCACGAAGAUUGAAAUUGAAUUUAGCCCCCCUGCAGAGGCUGUAAGAAAUGUCCUAUUGGUUAUCGCAGCCCCAAUUAGAUGGCUCACCGAAGGGUGGUACCUACCAUCUUUGAUGUCGUUAGUUCUUGCAGCGAUCCGGAACACUGGCGACAACUCAUCGAGAUCCGAUCUAAACGCAGUUUAUAGGCGCUCAUUUCGGCAUCAACAGAAUUCGAAGGGAUGA